AGAACACACACACGCACACACAUACACACAGAGACCCACACACAUAUGCACGUAAAGAUUCUAUCACACAAACAUAACCAUGCGCUCGAUGUGCACGCGAUGCGGUGCAAACAAGUUACUUGGAGGAGAGAAAUUACAAAGAAAGUAAUGUAACAACUUAUACAGAACAAACAAGGAGACUUACAUGCUGGUUGCAGUUAAAUCUUUGAUGCAAGGAAUACAUAAAGGAAGCAUGCUGGAUACUUACGAUGUCACAUAAAUAAUACAAAAUAUUAAUAUUCCUUUGAUUGAUAUUUCCCAUUAUAAUACUGUUCAUAUUUUAUUUCAUAUCUUUCCCUCUAUGGUUCUAGUUUCUGAAAUUAGUUGGCAAAGAAAAGAUAAGAUAUAUAUGUAUGUCAGUGAGAUAUAUUAUUUAAUUUGAUACAGAAAACUAUAUGCAAGUAUAAUUUAAUAUCCAUCGAUUCAAAAAUCAAAGAAAAUGCCCGCUUUUGUUAAAUAUGAAAAUGCUUCAAAAUUUUCAGAAGAAAUGUUGUACGAAGAUAACUGGCAAACGUCAAUUAUAAAUAAUACUGCUUACCAAAAUAUCACUGCAAGUGAUCUAUAUAAGUUGCUUCAGUUGCCACUGGAGGCCCACGAGUGUAUGCUAGAGCAGCUACGUCUUCCUAAGCCACCCGAUCCGUUCUGUCCAGAAUUAUGGGAUACGCUUCAAUGCUGGGCAGCGACACCAGCGAAUACAACAAUAUACCAAAAAUGUCCAGAAAGUAUUGGAUUCACACAUUCAGAGUUAUUGGCACAUAGAACGUGUUCACCGAAUGGUACAUGGUUACAUGGGGACUGGAGUAACUAUUCUGCGUGUUUGAAACAUGUGUGGACAGGAAAGGAACCGCCCGAAAUUCACACCAGUUUCGACAUCCAGCGAGCACUGAUUCUUGCUUACAUCUACUUCAUUAUGAGCAAUAUAUCACUGAUCCUACUGUUAAUUACAAUGUUCAUAUUCUGCUACUUCAGGUCUCUUCAUUGCAGUCGUAUAUCCAUCCAUAAGAAUCUUGUCAGCUCCUUUAUUCUUCGAUUUAUCAUUUUUGUAAUUAUAUCAGAACCGUAUAUCAUGAGGCAAAAUACUUCCUACAGAAAUGUGGACUGGUUGUGCAAAUCGAUGACGAUUAUUCUGCAGUACAGCGCACUGGCAAAUAUAUUUUGGAUGUUCGUCGAAGGUCUAUUUCUACAUAAUCGGAUUGUAGUUUCAGUUUUUAAUACAACAGCACCCUUUAAAUUAUUUUAUUUCAUUGGGUGGGGCAUUCCUGUGGUGAUAACAGCUUCAUGGUCAGUAAUAAUGCAUUAUUAUUAUAAAGAAAAAUGCUGGGAAAAAUACACUACGCUUCCGUUUAUCUUCAUUAUUUACGUCCCGAUCAUUGUUGUACUGUUGACUAACCUCAUUUUUCUGAUCAACAUUAUAUUUGUUCUAGUAACAAAACUGCGGGCUCAUAAUACCAUGGAAAGUGCACAAAUAAGGAAAGCCAUUCGGGCAACUAUCGUAUUAUUUCCUCUGCUAGGAAUUACAAAUCUGUUAUUUUUCGCUGAACCAGGUAUUGAGGGCACGUGGAAAUCAGUCUACCACAUCGCAAAUGCAGUCCUUCAGUCAUCUCAGGGGAUCUUUGUUGCUCUUCUGUAUUGUUUCUUUAAUGGUGAGGUACAGUCUGUGAUCACGAAAAAAUGGCGAAGGUUUAUGAUCAGUCGAAGUAUGAAACACAGCAUGCGCCGUAGAAGCUCUCGUACAUCAUCUCUCUUUUUGUCACAAUCAGAUGUCGUCGCCAUGAUGUCUAUUCGAAGUCGAAUAAGGAAUCAGAAACAAUUUAAAAAACAGAGCAGUCGUUUACAUGUUUACUCUUCAGGAAGUGCAAGCUUGGCAGAGCAAUCAAAUGGAAAAACUACUAUAAGUAGCUUACCAAAUUGCAAAGAGGGAGACGAACUACAGGAUAGGACGAACCAAUUUUUAUGAACUUCAUCCUUUUGAUUCUGAUUCUGAAUAAUUGAAAUAAGCUGCAACCUAAUUAUCUCCUGCAUUCUCCGGGAUUUUGAAACAUUAUAUUUUCCCAUUCUAUAACAUUUAAAAUUUUCUUUGUCAUUUACUUCUGUUAUAAUUGUAAUGAUACUAAGUCAAUAUAAAUAAGAUAAAAUUGCAAUAUAAAAAGUGCGUACGACGGUUGGUGUUAAGUAAACAUAUUACUUCAACAUCCACAAAAAUAAGUAAGAAAAAGGCCUGUCUUUCAGUAGUGAUAGCUGUCGGCAAUAUGUCUACCAUUGUGAUAUUUGUAAAUAUGCAUUUGUUCAUAAACAGACACAAGCAACCAAGGACUCACAGACACAUAUAUACGCACACACAAGCAAACACAUACGCACAUACACACACAUGGUCACACACUAGUACAUACACUAGUACGCACUCACACGCAGUGUUGUAAUGGAGCGCAAAAACACCGCGAAAUGUUACUAAAAGGAAGUUUGUUUAUUUACGUGUAUAUUCUCAUAUAUCUAUGGUUGUUUAAGGUGGGUUUAUAUUUAAUGAAAGGAAAUUGAUUCCAGACAUCUGCAACAUGCACAGGAUAUCCAUUUGAAUCUCAGUUUGGGUCCCACAAUCAUUUCUGCUCUAUAAA